AUGGCCCGUGCUCAGUCGAAAUCUUCCAAGUCAACCAUCUCGAGGACUUUACAGAAGAACAUCCGAGGCUCUGCGAACUCAGGCACCCUCCUCGAUGAAGUGAAGGAAGUGCUCAAUCUCCCCAAGUUCGAUCCCAAGGUCUACACGAACCACGUGGACCCUGAAUCCAUUCAGUUGUCUGACGAGGUUAAGGCCCAGAUGAUUUCUUAUGUCACAGACAUUGCUGGGAUGUAUUCAGAGUCGAAUUCCUUCCAUUGUUUCGAUCAUGCUAGCCAUGUGAUGAUGUCCGUAAUCAAACUCAUGAGCCGCAUCAACUCUCCCAUCGAAGUGUCAAUGAACGAUGGUACCUCCAACCACAAGAUUGCCGAAAACUUGCAUGAUCAUACUUUCGGCAUCACUUCAGAUCCACUGACGCAAUUCUCGGUUGUACUGGCAGCGAUGAUACAUGAUGUUGACCAUCCUGGAGUUCCCAACUCGACGCUGGUAAGCGAGAAUGACCCAAUAUCAAUCAAGUACAGUGGGAAGAGUGUGGCGGAACAGAACUCUGUUGAGUUGGCAUGGGAACGCCUCAUGCUACCCCAAUAUGAAGCCUUGCGAGCCUGCAUCUACACCAAUGACGAGGAGCUCGAUCGGUUCCGACAGACCUUGCUACAAUUGGUGCUGGCAACAGAUGUCAUCGACAAAGACCUCGGAGCCAAACGCAAGGAUCGUUGGGCCAAAGCCUUUUCACCCGAAGGUGCUUCCGAAUCAGCAGAAACUAAGGAGGACGCCACCAACAGGAAGGCCACCAUCGUUUUGGAGCACCUGCUUCAAGCAAGCGAUGUGUCGCACACAAUGCAACACUGGCAGGUCUAUGUCAAGUGGAAUGAGCGCCUAUUCCAAGAGAUGUAUUCGGGAUACAAGGCUAGUAGACUUGCAAAGAAUCCUGCUGAGGCAUGGUAUGAAGGUGAACUCGGAUUCUUCGACUACUACAUCAUCCCCUUAGCGAAGAAGUUGGAGACUUGUGGCGUCUUUGGAGUGUCCAGCCAUGAAUACCUCUCCUACGCUUCAAUGAACAGGGAGGAGUGGAAAAACAAGGGAAGGGAUAUCGUCAAGCAGUACCUUGCCAACAUCAAGGCUGAGGAGGCGGGUCGAUUAGAAGGAUCUGAAGAGAGUUCCGUCGACACCGACGUCGACACCUUCACCGACGAAGUCGCAACAAACGACGCCGCACCUGGCCACAAGAUCUUCGAUGUUUAG